AUGGAUGAAACUGAAGCUCUCAGUUCUCUGUCAAGCAGCAGAACGGAGCAGCAAAAGUUGAUUGUUGACAGACAUAAUGCCCUCAGGAGAGGAGUAAAGCCAACUGCCAGCAACAUGAUGAAGAUGGAAUGGUGUCCUGCAGCCGCAGAGAAUGCCCAAAACUGGGCCAAUCAAUGUACUUUAAGCCACAGUCCUCCUAAUCUGAGGGGAACUAAUGUACUAUGUGGUGAAAAUCUCUUCAUGUCCUCUGCCCCAUUCUCAUGGUCAGAUGUUCUUCAGGCCUGGUACAAUGAGGAGAAGAAUUUUGAAUAUGGAACUGGGGCAAAAAUGAAAGGUGCAAUGUUUGGCCAUUACACUCAGAUGGUUUGGCACAAUUCUAAUAAAAUUGGAUGUGGUUUUGCUUUCUGCAGCAACACUACGUACAGUUACUUUUAUGUCUGCCAGUACUGCCCCGCGUACGGUCACAAGUCCCGUCAGGAGCCUGAUCCAGUGAGGGUGUCCCAUGGGAUCACAGCCUCCUUCAGGCAUCCUCCUGCUCCAGUGUGGGUCCUCCACAGGUUGCAGGUGGAUCUUUGUGUCUUCAUGGACAUCCAUGGGCAGCAGGGGACACAGCUGCCUCCCCAUGGGCUGCACUGGGGAAUCUCGGCUCAAGUGCCUGGGGCACCUCCUGCCUCUCCUUCUGCACUGACUUGA